GCCUCUGGCUUACAAAGUUCUUCAAUCAGUUACUUUUCAGAAGCUGCCGUAAUAUAGUUCGAACGCACAACAAUCAUGAAGAUACUCGGAGCUACAGCGUUUUUGAUCGUCAUUGCACUUUGCAAGGCUGAAUACAGUGUUAAGCAAAAUGAAAAGUUGGAAGAAUCAUCCGUGAAGUGCAUUGAAGAUUUGGAACUGGCGAAGGAUUCGGAUAUCGGAAAGAAGUUCCGAUAUGGAGAAUUGAAGGAAAAGGAUGAUGUGGCAAAGAAAUUCAUCACCUGUGCGAUGCAGAAGCUCAACUUCAUGAACGAAGAGGGACUGAUUUUGGAGGACAGAAUUGUGGAAUUUCUGGCGGAUAACUAUGAAGAAACGAUGGCAAAGGAUGUGAUAGAAAAGUGCGCUAAGGUGCAGAAAGAAACGGUCGCUGAAAAGGCAACCGCAUUUUACGACUGUUUCUUCCUGCGAAAAUCGUUUGAUAUUUGAAAUGGUGAUGUGAUUGACAAAUAAAUUUGAUUUUGAACUUCCUGAAUAA